AUGUCCAACUUAAUAGAGUCUGCGAAAAAGGCAGCUGCCUACAGAGCUGUGGAUGAAAACCUUCCUGACCAUGUGAAAGUCGUAGGGGUGGGUUCAGGCUCCACAGUGGUUUAUGCGGCAGAGAGGUUGGGCCAGUUGAGCAACAAGACUCUGUUCGUGUGUAUCCCAACAGGAUUCCAGUCGAAACAGUUGAUCAUCGACAAUGGGCUUCUGAUAGGCACAAUUGAACAGUACCCUAAAGUUGAUAUUGCCUUUGACGGUGCUGACGAGGUGGAUCCUCAGCUCAACUUGAUCAAAGGUGGAGGUGCCUGCUUGUUUCAAGAAAAGCUCGUGGCUGAGGCAGCCAAAACGUUUGUGGUAGUUGCAGACUUCAGAAAGAAGUCACCUGAUCACUUGGGUGUUCUGUGGAGAAGGGGCGUCCCAAUUGAGAUUGUGCCCAACUCCUACGCUAAGGUGACGCUCGAUUUGAAAGCUUUGGGAGCAGAAAGUGUCGUGCUUAGACAAGGCGGCGCAGCUAAGGCCGGCCCGGUGAUCACAGAUAAUAACAACUUUAUCAUCGAUGCGGACUUUGGCUCUAUCGAGGACCCUGCAAUGUUGCAUGCGAAGAUCAAGAGUUUGGUUGGUGUUGUGGAGACAGGCUUAUUUACGAAUAUGGCCGCUAAGGCCUAUUUUGGUGAGGAAGACGGAGAAGUCUCAGUGUUGGAAGCUCACAAGUAG